UUUGGCCUUGGGUUCCGCCUUGGGGGAAUGUCCCGAAAGAACAAGUGAAGAAAUCCUGAGGCUGGUGGGUUGGCGUUCUCUUCUGUUAUCUGUCCGCGGAGUCGUCAGUGACGCCUGCAGCCGCGGCAGGGAGGGAACGCCACCACCCAAGGAAAGAGCUAGAAGGCCGGCAGUUGCGGGGCAGAAACGAAUUGAGUGCAGGGUCUUUACAGGCUGGUCCCGUUCGGCGCCGCUCCCCUCGAGGCCAUGGUGCCGGCGGAGCUCUGGGCAAUCCCCAGGUGAGGGCAGCGGCUCUGCCGGGGAUUCCACCGCGGAAGAACUGGGUCGAUGCUUUGUGGGGAAGAAAGAAUGUUGCCCUCACUGCUCCCCGGUAGCCCCGUGAGCGGCCGCGUUUGUGGCAGCAGCAGCAGCAGCAGCAACAGUAAGCACGGCGUGGCCCGAGGAGGCGGUUCAGGCUGCUGGUAGAGUCGCUCGUCGGCUCUUUUUCCGUAAUAUGCGAGACGAAAAAACAGCCCAAGAACAGGGCUCCGCGUUACCAUCUACUUCGAGCUUUUUUUCCUUCCUACGUGGAGCUGAUUUAUGCGGAAACAUGCCUUGCACUUGUACCUGGAGGAACUGGAGACAGUGGAUUCGACCUUUAGCGGUGGUUCUCUACCUGUUGUCCAUAGUGGUUGCGGUUCCCCUCUGCGUGUGGGAAUUACAGAAACUGGAGGUUGGGAUACACACCAAGGCUUGGUUUAUUGCUGGAAUCUUUUUGCUGUUGACUAUACCUAUCUCGCUUUGGGUGAUACUACAACAUUUAGUGCAUUAUACACAACCUGAACUACAGAAACCCAUAAUAAGGAUUCUUUGGAUGGUACCCAUAUACAGUUUGGAUAGUUGGAUAGCUUUGAAAUAUCCCAGCAUUGCAAUAUAUGUGGAUACCUGCAGAGAAUGUUAUGAAGCUUAUGUCAUUUACAACUUCAUGGGAUUCCUUACCAAUUAUCUAACUAACCGCUAUCCAAAUUUGGUAUUAAUCAUUGAAGCCAAAGAUCAGCAGAAACAUUUCCCUCCUUUGUGUUGCUGUCCACCAUGGACUAUGGGAGAAGUAUUGCUGUUUAGAUGCAAACUGGGUGUAUUACAAUAUACAGUCGUCAGACCAUUCACCACCAUCAUUGCUUUAGUCUGUGAGUUACUUGGUAUAUAUGAUGAAGGGAACUUUAGCUUUUCAAAUGCUUGGACUUACUUGGUUAUCAUAAACAAUAUGUCUCAGUUGUUUGCCAUGUAUUGUCUCUUGCUGUUUUAUAAAGUGCUGAAGGAAGAACUGAGUCCAAUCCAACCUGUUGGCAAAUUUCUUUGUGUUAAGCUGGUGGUUUUUGUUUCUUUUUGGCAAGCAGUAGUUAUUGCUUUGUUGGUAAAAGUUGGCGUUAUUUCUGAAAAGCAUACAUGGGAAUGGCAGACGGUAGAAGCGGUGGCCACAGGACUCCAGGACUUUAUUAUCUGUAUUGAGAUGUUCCUUGCUGCUAUCGCUCAUCACUACACUUUCUCAUAUAAACCGUAUGUCCAAGAAGCGGAAGAGGGCUCAUGCUUUGAUUCCUUUCUUGCUAUGUGGGACGUUUCAGAUAUUAGGGAUGAUAUUUCUGAACAAGUAAGGCAUGUUGGAAGGACAGUCAUGGGACAUCCUAGGAAAAAGUUUUUUCCUGAGGAUCAAGAUCAAAAUGAACAUACAAGCUUGUUAUCAUCAUCAUCACAAGAUGCAAUUUCCGUUGCCUCUUCAGUGCCACCCUCACCCGUGGGUCACUAUCAAGGGUUUGGACACACUGUGACCCCCCAGACUACACCGACUACAGCUAAUGUAUCUGAUGACAUAGGCAACGAUACUGCAGGGGAGAGGAAAGAGCCGUCAGAGAAGCCCGCGGCCUCCUGAGCAGUGUGCAGGAGCAGACUGCGCUACCACCGUGUUACUUCAUCACCUGGUGUCCCGCUGCUCAGGACUCUGUGCUUAGGACAAGCCAUUAAUGAUGCAGGAUUUCAACACAGCGGCAAAAACCAGGUACAGCCACCUGAUCUAUACAACUAGGUUUUGUAUAUCACAAAUAAUCAGUCUAAAUAUUCUAGACUUAGACUUGACUUCUUAACACUACAGAGUAUCACAUACUCAAAUGAUAGACAAUGACUACUAACCAUUCCUGACAUUACAGUACUCUAUCAAGAGGAGGACAUUUUAAAAAAUCAGUGCUUCCUACCACUGCUGCAUGAAUAUAAUGCUCUGGAACUAGCAGAAAGUAUAAUUCAGAACUGCGAAUUAGUGGACCUCAAUCAUAAUUAUGUGCCAUAUAUGCUUACCUAACAAUUAUUUCUCUAUUUCUCAAAUGAAUGUCUUUCAAUAAAUGAGAAUUUAUCAUUUAUUUUCUGCAA